CGGACCAUAGGCAGAUGACAAGAAGAACUGGGCGAGUGGUUCCGCCGAGUGCGUACACGUUAAAUGAAAGAUCGGUGUUGGGAAAAAUCGCCGUGUUCUACUACUGCUCCGCAAGGGAGGCCAGCCGCUAGCAGCAGACGAGAAGUGGAGAAAUUUAUUCCCCGAGUGUUGUUGUGUAGUUUGUGUCAGAUUGGUAGAGAGGGAGUAGAGAGAGAAAAAAAAAAUUAAACUCCGAGGAUAGCAUCGAGUGGAUUUUUUUUUCUCCUCCUGUUCUCUUGUUUAGUAUCGCUUUGUUUUCAUUCUUAUUGUAGUGUACAAUUCACACACUGAAAGUUUUUAUGUGUUCAAAGACGCUGUGUUCAGACACAAGUCUCUGCGUGAAAAGGUAUUUGGAUCUAGUAGUUACUGUAAACACGUGCUCUUCCUGUCUGUAUGGUAUGAGUGUUUCUGAUCCUAAACAAGUCUGUGACACAAGUAACUGUCGUUCCUAUUCGUGAGUCGUUUUAGAGGCUGUCCUUAAACCAGAUUGGAUUUGCCUAUGUUGAUUUAUGCAAGGGCGUCUAAACUGAUAAAUAAACAGAAAUAUCUACUGUCAACUCAAUAUAUUGGAAGUGUUUCAUUGUCAUCUGGGAGCUUUUGAUUUUGGAUAACCUGUCGAUUUCUUCGUCGUUCUAUUUUGUGUUAAUAUUUUGAUCCAUCAAGCGUUCCUGUUCAGAAGUCUUCAAGAGGGUACUCAGCCUCUUAGAGGAAAGUGUAGAAUGUCAAUUUAAUCCAGGGGCGUCUUCGACAACGAUGUAGAUGAGUCAAUUCUACCCUACAGUGAACCCCGGCUACCCCGCUACCACGGAGAACCCACAUCACGGCCACUUUCCGGACUCUCGCCACCGGAUAUACCCGUUCUCGCCCGGCGAACAGAUGAUGGGCCCCGGAGGGGUGGCGUCCAUGCCCAACGGGGCGGUCACCGUGAACCAAACGGGGAUCCCCAAAACCUGCGCGGCGUGCGCCAAGCGCAUCCAGGACAGGUUCCUCCUCCUGGCUAUGGACCGUUACUGGCACACGGCGUGCCUGAAGUGUUCCUGCUGCCAGGCGCCCUUGGGGGACAUUGGUAGCUCCUGCUUCACAAAGGCUGGGAUGAUCUUGUGCAGAAAUGAUUAUGUCAGAUUGUUCGGCUCGGGUGGUUCCUGCUCAGCGUGCUGUCAACCCAUCCCAGCCAGCGAGCUUGUCAUGAGGGCGCAGACCAACGUUUACCACCUGAAGUGCUUUACCUGUUGUACCUGUCACACCCCACUGAACACAGGUGACCGGUACGGCAUUGUCCAAGGAAGCCUGGUAUGUGAGCAGGAUUUUCCCAAAGUCGUCAGAGGAUUAACGCCACUGCCCAACCGGACGACACAUAAGGUGUGCUGACUAGGCCCGGAGAAGGCUGAGAAGAAACCCAGAAAAAGGAAAAACGAAAAGCAAAAGUGACUUCCCUGUGGAGGACCCCUAACAUCUUCCCUUGACAUGAAUGACUCACUGCUUGCUCGAAGUGAAUACAAGUCUGUCAACUUUCUGUCUGUUUUUUUUUUUUUUAGUCUUCUUCUCAUCCACUCACGGACUUGUUUCAACGGACAUGUUACAACGGACAUUGUACAAUGUUCGAAAUGGAAAGGGGGGGGGGGGCGGCAUUCAGCUGUGUGGAAAUAUCAUCAGGCUCGGAAGGCGGAUAUUACCACGUGCGGGGUUUGUGUCACACGCUUCAUCCUAUGGUAAAUGUCGUAACGGACGGCAACAGAAACAUACUGAUAGCAGUUUUUCAUUGGACUUGCGUUGUGUUUUUUAUUUCAAACUCUUCACAAUGACUUGUGGAUGAACAUGGACGUCAUUUCUCUUCUACCUGAUCCUUGGGCCAAUGAUUGGCAUCGUUCUUGAUGGCAACUUAAAGACACAUAAACACUCACGGAUCUAGCCUGGUGUUAAAAGACUUCAGAAUAUUCAGCGGGCAUUGCAAAUUCUAAGCAGUCUUGACAUUUCCUAAAAAAAUUUGCUGUGUAUGAUUUGGAGAAUUUCCCAGCAACAAGAGCGCUAAGAUUCAAAAAGGUUUUGGAGAUUUCCAUGGAAACUUAGUGGUCAAGCUAUUUGAUAACACUUUGGACUAUGACUUGAUGUAAGAGAACCACUUCGGACAUUGCCAUUCACUGUCAUCAUUUUAUAGAUAAUGUAUUUUCCAUGAAACUCAAGUGUUGGACAUCUUUGCUUUGCUUCUGACAACGCCAUGGCUCUAUAAAGUUUUGCAGUAGAGUUGCCCAUUUUGACCCGAAGUGAACACAGUUUUUGAUAUAUCAUGGACAGCAAGGUCCUUCAUCAUCAGACAUGUGUAUUUUCACCACUGUCGUUGCCACACAUCAGCCAGGCUGUAUUAGAAUCGCCUAGAAACUCUUCUGUAGUCACAAGACGCCCCCCCCCCUCGAAACCUUCUUCAGACUUCUUGGUACAACAAAAACUCUUUGUGUGGUCCCAGGAUCUUAUAGACAUGUACAAAUCCAGCCUGCUGAAGGCCAAGUAUUCAAAUGUUCAUGGCCUGCACAACUCACGCGUAUUAUAUGUGUACAUACUUUUUUUUAAAUCCUAUUUCUCUUCAUGUGUCUAUUUUUUUUCUCUUUUUGUUUCUUCUUGAAAACUGUAUGUACAUUGGUAACUUAAUACAAUCAUUUCAGUCAUUGGAGAUUGUUCUGAGUAUCACCAUAGCCUGGAUUGUCUUUGUUCAAUCCUGACAAUCAUACUGACAUUGCUUUCAUCUCUUACAAAUGUGAAAUUUGUAUAUGUAUGACAUAUGUAUUAGUCCUGAAAUUUUAAUGUCAACUUUAUUAAAUAGUCGCAUGACAUGAUGGUACUUUUAAAAAAAAAAGUGUGAUGUGGUGGUUGAGGCCCUAGGCUCUUCCCAGUAGCACAUUGAACUGUGCAAGGGUAUGGUUUAGGCCCUAAGCUCCUCUCAGUAGCACACUAAACUGUAUAGUAUUAAGGUUCAGCCCUAAACUCCUCCCACUAGCACAUUGAACUGUGCAAGAGUGUGGUUGAGGCUCUUAGCUCCUCCCAGUAGCACACUAAAUUUUAUAGUGUUAAGGUUCAGGCCCUAAACUCCUCCCACUAGCACAUUGAACUUUGCAAGGGUGUGGUUGAGGUCCUAAGCUCCUCCCAGUAACACACUGAAAUGUAUAGUUCAGGCUCUAAACUCAUGUCGCAUAUUUCAGCUGUGCAGUGUUGUGGUUGGGGCCCUAUGCUCCUCCCACUAGCACGUUGAACUGUAUAAGUUGAUGUUCAGACUAAAUUCUUCUAUCCCAUGCUCCUGAAAUAAAAGUAAGUCUACAAACGCUUUGCUUGUCUUUUGAAAAGGUGUAAAUGUUAGCUUCACAUCUUGCUGUUUUGCUCUCUAUAAAUGACAUUUGCUAAACAUGUAUGUAUCAUUGUUGGAUUUUCUUGAGAGACACGUUCGGACAACUGCUUACACGUUUUUUUACAAGCACAUUUCGCGUGAUAAGAUAUUGCACGAAAAGAACAACUUUUUAAGUGUAAAAUUGUCAAAUGUACAAAUUUGAUACAUUAUAAGACGCCCCACUGGAGUAUAUCUCCUAAAAAAAAUGUUCGGAAAAAAAUGCCACAAAGAAAAGAUUACUAGAUCUAGUUUUUUUUUUUGUUGUUGUUUUUUUUAAUGAGAUGGCUAUGUGAUAUGGAUGAUAUCGGGGAAGGCCUUUUAAAAAAAAAAAAAAACUUUAUUUGUUUGUUCAACCCAGACUGCAGGACAUUGUUUUGUUUUAAAGUAUACUUUUUUUUUUUUUUUUUUAGAAUUUAAUUUUACUUUCUGGGUCUGUGACUCAAGAAUAACUAAAUAGUUGUCGUGGCUUCAAGAAAUUUUAUUCCAAUAGAUCUGUAAAUCAACAGCUCGUUCAGGCGUUUUUAUCAGAUGUGGAUGCUUGGACAAAUGUCUUGGGAUUUGAAGAUUUAUACUCUUCAACGUAAUCUUUUGUUUUUCUUUCUUUUAUGUUUCUUAAAACUGCUUUGCUGUAUUCCAGUUGUAUGAACCAUUUACACGGUUCUAUUUCAUAAGUAAAUUAAAUCUGCCGAAUAGCUCAAAUAUUUUCGAUAUUAAAUUUCUUAAAUUAAAACCCUCGGGGCAAUGUCUCAAAAUAAUGACCUUUUUGUUUAAAGGGCUUUUUUGCAGAUUAUUUUUAGAGAUUACUCUCCCCUUGUAUACCAGUAGGUGUCACUCUAAAAAUAGAUUUCACUCCUGAGUUUUGACUUUGUUAUUGUUAAAGAAAUUUGUCGGAGACCAUACGAUUGUUAACUGCGUUCUUUUAGCUCCGUUUACUUUUAAAAGGACUAUGUUUUAAAAUGAUAUAUUCUUUCUAUAAGACUAAUGAAUUACACAUACUAGAACAAAUAGCAGGUCUAAAACAUGUGCUGUUCAAAAGACAAUCUGCUUUAGUUCUCAAAUAUUUAUAUGUAUAGUACCAUUCAUGCAUAGGCUCCCAAUAGUUAAUUAUCCAUUUGGAUGGUUUUGUUUUACAUCAUAAACGAUAUAUGUCUAUGAGUUUUGAAAUCAUGCCAAAGUUUUACUGUUACAUUGCAUUCUGGCUUUAGUAAAGAUGUUGACUGUGUGACAUUACAAUAUAUAGAGUCCUUGUUAACAUCUCAAAAGACUCAUGAAUCGAUCCAGCAUUUUAAAUGACCAAGGAUUAGUCCUUUAAUGACCUGUGUAUUGUCAUAUCUUUAUAAACCACACGUGAGUUGCAUCGGAGUUUCAAAUGGCCUAUGAAUGGUCCUGGCGUCUUGAUUGACUCACAAUAUGAUCUGGCUUCUUAAAUGUUUCUCUCUGAAAAUAGAAUAUUUCCUAACACAUUGAGUCAAGUCGGACACAUCUUGGUUUGACUAUUCCUCCAAUAUAUUCAUAUAUAUGUUCACCACUUUGUUAUCUUGUUUGUGUGUAUAUAUAACAUACUUCGGUGUUGAUGAUAAACCCACAACAGUAUGUACCAAACCACGGGGAAAAUAAAGGGGCGGAGAUGAAAGGCACAAAGACAAGAGGGAAAAAAAAAGCAGUAUUAUGAUCAGUAGGCGGAAGGGGGCGCAUUCGGGUUGCUAACACGACGUCACAGGUUCGAAUCCAUAUAUGCUAUUUCUUUUUUUUUUUAAAUAUAUAUUUGGUGUCAGCGAGCAGUUUAAGGCAAAUUUUAUAUAAACACAAACACACGCUAGCCGGUUUUGUUUUUUUUCUGUUAUAUAGAUAGAUCAUGUAAAGCAUAAGAGAUUUUCAGAUCAACAAUUGAAAACCACGAUGUUAUUGGUCUGGUUCCACUUCUUUUACAUAUCUGCCAUUACCAGAGACCCACGUUCAAGUCUCUUGUAAGGUUGAAACAAUUUGUACACUUUUCGCUUUCCUUUUAUAGAUUCUCGAAGUUGAAGCUAGAGUAAUAGUCUAAAGGAGGUCCGUGCAAAUCUUUAUUAGGUUGCAAGUGACAGAGAUUGAAAAUGUAUGCCCUGCCACCACUGAAGUAUAUACAUGUACUUUUUAAAGGGCUAUUUCAAAAUAACUUAAGAUCUACUCAAGUAUAAUAAUACUAUGUUUGUUUGUUUGUUAGUACUUUGUAUCUUUAUUCUCAUUAAUUCAUUGCAUUUUUUGAAACAAUAAACAUAAAAAACUUUGA